AUGUCAUCCAGGAAGGACGGCAAAGGAACUUGUGAACUGAACAAGCACGACAUCUCCCCCAUCAACGAUAACAUCAACUUUCAUGAUCAGCAGGGAGUCGCUUUCUUUGUGAAGCUGAAGGUAAUUUGUUGUCCACAAGAUUGGGUUCUUCAUGGAAAUUCUUGUUACCAUGUCAUCGACACUCCGACCCUCAAAUGGAGCGACGCUCGAACGACUUGCCAGAAUCUGGGAACAGACCUCGCUAUCAUCAGAUCAGAAGAAGAGAACAACUUUACUAUAGAACUGCUAAAGAAGCAAAAAAAGGUAACAUAUUUUGGCACAUGGCUUGGUCUUGGCAGAAAUCCGUCUGCUGAAGAUGCGUUCUACUGGAUCGAUGGCACUCCACUAGCGGGUCAGUUUUCUGCAUGGGCAAGUAGCGAGCCGAAUAACCUUCGUGAGAAAUUUGUCCACAUAUAUGCAACCCCUAGAUCGAACAGACAGGGGCAGUGGAAUGACAAGGAAUGCAGUUUUUCUGACGCAGGAAAGAGUCAACCCCAGUUGUUCUCUGCCAGAAAAGGUUCACGUGGUUAUGAGGCAACAUUUUGGUCGUCACCUGGUUUAAAAGCUAAGCAAGAAAUUUGUUUGCCUUAA